GGGGAGCGGAGCGGAGCGGCGCGGAGCGGCGCGGCGCAGGGCGGCCAUGACGGCGCACGGCUUGGCGCUGCCCCUCGUCCUCUUCUCCGCCUUCUGGGGGCUCGUGGGCGUCGCCGCCCCCUGGGUCGUGCCCAAGGGGCCCAACCGCGGGGUGAUCAUCACCAUGCUGGUCACCGCCGCCGUGUGCUGCUACCUCUUCUGGCUGAUCGCCAUCCUGGCGCAGGCCAACCCCCUGUUCGGGCCGCAGCUGAAGAACGAGACCGUGUGCUCCCGCUGCUGCUCCAGCGUCUCCCCUCCCGCCCCAGGCAGAGGUCCCAGAGGUGCUGGGCCAGAGGCCGGCCCCGCGGCCCCAGCGCACCCUGAGCUCUGCGCCCCUGCCUGGGAUGAGGAGCUCGUGCAGGCAGGAACCUCCCUGCGGUCGGUCCCCGGCUGCGGCUGGCAGGGGCGCGAUGCGGGAGGUGCUGGGGUGUCGGGCCGGGGGCUCUGCCUGGCAGCCUGGGGCUGGAGGGGGGCCCUGUCAUCACCUCCCGCCCCAGCAGCGAGGGUGCCGCAGUAGUGUCUAGGUACCGCCGUCCCUCCCACCCAUGUCCUGAGAACUUACGGAGUCGUCCCUUGCCCCUAUUUAUCAGAUACGACUUAUCUGUAUUUAUUUAUUUGUCUGUGCUAAGUUUGUGUUGUGGAAAUAAAUCCUUUUUUCGUAAGUGAUGCUGGAAGCAGUCACUUGCUGCUUGGAGGCAGA